UUUUUUUUUUUUUAAUUUCCCCGUCGAAAUCGAGCAGCAGCAGCCCCCAUCCCAAAAUGGGCUGCACACUGAGCGCCGAGGACAAGGCGGCGGUGGAGAGGAGCAAGAUGAUCGACAGGAACCUGCGGGAGGACGGCGAGAAGGCGGCCCGGGAGGUGAAGCUGCUCCUCCUGGGAGCUGGUGAAUCAGGGAAAAGCACAAUUGUCAAACAAAUGAAGAUUAUCCACGAAGCUGGUUAUUCAGAAGAAGAAUGUAAACAGUACAAAGCUGUUGUCUACAGUAACACCAUUCAGUCCAUUAUUGCUAUCAUUAGAGCAAUGGGGAGGUUGAAGAUAGACUUUGGUGAUCCAACCAGGGCUGAUGAUGCUCGUCAACUCUUUGUGUUAGCCGGAGCCGCAGAAGAAGGAUUUAUGACUGCAGAGCUUGCUGGUGUUAUCAAAAGACUGUGGAAAGACAGUGGAGUACAAGCUUGUUUCAACAGAUCUAGAGAAUACCAGCUUAAUGACUCUGCUGCCUAUUACUUGAAUGACUUGGACAGGAUAGCACAAACCAGCUACAUUCCAACCCAGCAGGAUGUUCUCAGGACUAGAGUCAAAACUACAGGAAUAGUGGAAACUCACUUUACUUUCAAAGAUCUUCACUUCAAAAUGUUUGAUGUUGGAGGCCAAAGAUCAGAGCGGAAGAAGUGGAUUCAUUGUUUUGAGGGUGUUACAGCAAUUAUUUUUUGUGUGGCAUUAAGUGAUUAUGACUUGGUUUUGGCUGAAGAUGAGGAAAUGAAUCGGAUGCAUGAAAGCAUGAAGUUGUUUGACAGUAUCUGCAACAAUAAAUGGUUCACCGACACUUCUAUUAUUCUCUUCCUGAACAAGAAAGAUCUUUUUGAAGAAAAAAUCAAGAGGAGUCCUCUCACUAUUUGCUACCCUGAAUAUGCAGGAUCAAACACUUACGAAGAAGCAGCUGCUUACAUUCAAUGUCAGUUUGAAGAUCUUAACAAGAGAAAAGACACGAAGGAAAUCUACACUCAUUUCACAUGUGCCACAGAUACAAAAAAUGUGCAGUUUGUUUUCGAUGCUGUAACUGAUGUCAUUAUUAAAAAUAACCUUAAAGACUGUGGCCUAUUCUAAUAACAGAGAAGAGAUUGUUAAAUGGUAAAUUAUAUUCCUGAAAAAAGGACUUAGGCAUUUGGAAUAUGCCCAUGUUGUGUGAAACUUGCAUAGAUAUAUUUAAUUCUCUUUACUUUAUUUUUAGGUUUGAAGAACGACUUCGCACAAUUCUAAUCUGAUUGGUUUCAAGUUGAAAGAAAUAUAAAAUAUGUUGUGCUGAAUGAUAGAUCAGUACUGUACUUGCCUGUUUUAACAGCUUUAUUUAUGUUUGUCUUGUAAAUUUAAGUAAUUAGGUAACACUGAGAUGUCUUUUGACUGUAUGUAAACUUGUAGUAAUGUAUUUGUAUAAACGUUGAAUGGAAUAUUUUAGUAACUUGGUGUCCUCUAAAAUUUCCAUGGUUUAUGAAGAUAUUGUUAGAGGAGACAGACACCUUUUGUCUUUGGAUUAUUUAAACAUCUUGUAAAAUUAAAUUUUCUUUUCAUUUUGAGGGUGCAUGCUGCCUUAUUACUUUUGUUGGUAAUACUGUAUAUGGCGUUAGCUUUUUUGAUAUUUAAACAGCCUCAUACACCUGCUCACAUUUAAAGAAACGUAACCAAUAAAACUUGUUUUUUUUUGCCUUAAGUUUUGAAAAAAUGUUUUUAUAAAUUUAGGGUAAAUAAAAAAAUAUUUUUAAAACUUAAAUCCACAGCUUAUGAAAUCUGGGUUUGCAGUCUUUUCAGCACAAAUGUGGCAACACUGAGAAAUUGAAUUUUAAGGUUCAGCUAUUAUUGAAGCUCAUGGAAAUGCAAAAAGGAAGUUGUUAAAAAUACAGUUGUAGAAAUAAAAAAAAAAAUUGAAACUGUGGUCUUUAAUCACUGGAGUGAAUGGUCUAUAAAAAUGUCCUUAACAAAGGCAGGACUUCAGAGUUAUGUUUUUUUUUUAUUAUUCUUGAGAAUUAAAAUUGCCUUCUCCUUUAACUCUUUGCUAUCUUCUGGUAAUAAAAACUAAAACUAUUUUGAUAAUUUAAUAACCACAGAAAUAUUAAAUUCUCCAACUAGACAUGGCACAAUGUUUUCAUGAAUUAAAGCAAUUUCCUGUUGCAUAUAAAAAUAAUCUUCAUUAUGUUGAGUAAGGUGAUUCAGUGACUUUGCAGAUACUGAUUUUUUUAAUUUAGUGAUAUUUAAAGUCUCAUAUUCUCUUUAAAUAAUAAGUUAAAGAUUAUGAUUUUCUUCUGGUUGUGCUUUCAUUAUGUGACUUGCAAUCUAAGGUAUUUGUCAUCCAUUGCCUUACGGUUAGUGCCAAAACUGAUUUUUAUACCUAUUUUAAAAGGAAUAAGCUUCUAUUUGUAAAUAAGUUCAUGGAUGGUUGUCGCAAAUGUAUUUCAUCUAGAAAAUACAAACAUACCAAACUUGGAAGUAUGAUUUUCUAUACUUGUUUAGAAUAUUCCAGGCAGCUACAGUACACUGUAAGUUCUUUGAAAAUAAGUCUUUUAAUCUGUUGCUAUUUUUCUAUAUUAUCGUAGCUUAUAUGUUCUUAGAAAUGCUCAACCAAAAUAUUCAAAUCAUUGUUCUGUUAUUUAAUUUCUAAUUGUGUAUGUGUUUCAUUUAGGCCUCAGCUUAAGUAAAACUGCACUUAUUCUUUGAUGUUUCCUUUGUUAGGUACAAAAUUCCUACGUGUUUCAAAUGAAAGAUUAGAAAGGAAUUUCUAAUUUAUAACUGGAGGUUGUUAAAUAUAUUCAUACAUUGAGAUCUUUCAGCAGUUAUGGUAAACAAUCUGUAUAUCCUGGGCUGCUUUUAAUUGUGCUUUACAGUUCUGGAUAUGUAACUGAUUUUAAAUCUCAUUGAACUACUUUGUGGAAAUUGUAUUUACACCUACAUUCAAGUUGGUUUUUGUACUUGAUGUAAACAAAAAUUGGGAUUAAUCAAAUUACAUAAAUAAAUUUAAAUUUUGUGCCUUG